GCGUGAAAAAUGAGUGCAGCUGGAUGAAAACAGCGAGGAGAAAGUUUACAAAGCGGAGGAGACGCUUAUAGACAACGAAUAUCUGAGAUCUGGGUGGAUUUAUCAUAAAUAUAUGAGCUAGGAUUCAGUAUGGACGUGUUGAAAUCAGCCAGAAGAGUUAUCCGGAGUCCGAGUGUGUCCAAGCAACCGUGGCAUGCCGCUAAACAUAAAAAGCUUCCAGAGAACUGGACAGACACAAGGGAGACCCUUGUGGACGGCAUGACCUUUAACCUCAGGCACAUGGGAAUGACUCUUGUUGACCAGCCCAAAGGUGAAGAGGUGUCAGGCGCAGCCAUCAAAAGGAUCAUUGCAAUGGCUAAAGCUGGCGGCAAGAAGCUCCUUAAGGUGGCGCUGACGGUCUCUCCUCAGGAAAUUCUCAUUUAUGACCGUGUGUCCAAUCAGCUAAUAGAGUGCAUCUCUAUUUACAGAAUAUCGUACUGCACAGCCGACAAAAUGCACAACAAAGUGUUUGCGUACAUCGUUCAGAACCAGAGAAACGAGAUGCUGGAGUGCCACGCGUUCCUCUGUGCCAAGAAGAAAGUGGCUCAGGCUGUGACACUGACUGUAGCUCAAGCCUUCAACGUGGCCUUCGAGUCCUGGCAGCUCGACAAAGAGGAGAAAGAGCAAAAGUCUGGCUCGGUUUUACAGACAAAUGCAGUUAAAGAGAACCUGUUGGACUUUGACGAUUGUCCCAAGCCUCACACGGAACAGACUGAGAACCAUCUGGAGAAGUACAAGAAGAAUGAAGGCGAGGAUAUUUCGGAGGUAAAUGAUGGUCUGGAUGAAGCCUUUUCAAGCUGCAGUUUGGAUAGCUUUGAGUACUCUGCAGACUUGCCGAGUCCUGUACUAACCCCCAGAUCCUGGACACUGGGUUGAAUGAGCUACGCAGCAUUCACAGCCUGAGAGCAGACUGUAGAGGAUUGAAGUUGGUGUUGUUUUCCUCCAGGUACUGCAAAAAGAUUGACAAUUGCAGUGAACAGAGCGAGCCGCCGCCUCCAUCCAGGCCGAGACGAUCUCCUUCGCACCAAAUCAAUAAAUACGGUCUAUUUUUCAGAAUCUAUCAUGUGCCGUAUUUUUUUAUUUUUUAAAUUCAUUUUAAAGCUUUCAGAAUCAGUAUCAAGUGAACAGCUAGCCGAGGGGAGUAUUUUAUUUUAUUUAUUUUUUUAUCUGAAGCUUAGAAAUAGAUUGAGUAUAGAUUGAGUUGCCAGUUUAUUAGGUACACCCACUUUGUACCUACCUUUAUUGUCUAUGUUAUUAAAUGCCAUGGACUGGGGCGACCCAGACAAUCUCUCCCUCCUGCCAAAGCAAUAUGGCUGAUUUUCAGUGCUUGGCUAUAUCCACUACUGCCUUUUUUAUUUAUUUGGAAUGGGUUUCAUUUAAAGCCUUUCAAAUAAUAUCAGGUCAGCAGAGGUACUAUGGUGGAUCCUUCCCAUAGAUGUGGUAGAAGGUGUCUGAUGCGGUAGGUGGACCUCAUUAAAUAGCAACUCAAUGAACUGUACAUAGUUAUUUUUGCCAUUACACAUAUAAUGAGCCGACGUGAAUACUUUAAUUAAGCUCUCGGCUGUUUAUAAUUAAAAAUGAUCUGUUAUACCUUAAA